AUGAAGGAGUUUUUUUGGGCCGGUAUGAAGACCACACAAAGGGUGGAGAGCAUUAAUCGGUUUUUUGACGGCUAUGUGAACCGCAAAACAAAACUCCAUGAGUUUCCUCAAAAGUAUUGCAUGGCCUUUGAUCAACGCGUUCGAGAUGAACUGAGUGUAGAUGCGCGUUGCUCGAAGUACCUUAGGAGGUUGGUUAGUGGAUUCAAAGUCGAAAAAAUAUUUCAAAAGUUAUACACGGACAACAAGUUUCAAGAAGUUCAAAAGGAGUGUACGAGAAUGAUGUAUUGCAACGUCCGAGGAGAGAAGGUUUUGUCUGAAAAGCUUAUUCAGUAUUCGGUGGUCGAUCGUGUAUGGAUAGUACCUCCCGGUGCGAGUGAGGAUGUCAUUACAAACAGGCGAAGAUCCUACAAUGUUACUUUCUGUCAAAUGACAAAGGAGGUGCAGUGUGACUGUAGGAAGUUUGAGACUAGUGGCAUACUUUGCUAA